AUGUUCAAUCAAUUGUAUUCACUUAUAAAAAAUGCCAAAGCAAGAAAACGAACAAAUGAUGAUGUUAAAAUUUUAUUUGAUUCUUAUAUUAAAGAACAAGGAAAUAAUGUUAAAGACGAUAAAAUAGAACAUCUGAAGCUAUUAAUAGCACAUAUACAUGAGUCAUAUCAAAAGUAUGAAAAAGAUUUUAUACCACCAAUAUAUAUGAUUGAACAGUACUUUUUCAACGAUAUUGAAGAAACAAAAAAUAGACUAAUAAGAAGUCAAAUUCAAGUUGCUGAAGAAUAUUCAUUAACUGCUGAAGAAAAAUUAAGACCUUUUUCUUUACAAUCUGGUUAUCUUACCACAGUAGCAAGUAUAGAAAAUCCAGCAGAUAUAACCAAAAUACUAUUGUCACCGGAACAUUGUCAAGACGUUUUAUUAAUAUCAAAUAUUUUGAAUGAUAUUAUCGAACAAACGAAACAACAACAACAACAAUCAACAAUUGACAUCGCCCUUCUUAGAGAGUCUAUACAAACAUUGAUAAAUAAUAUUGAUUAUGACUUAAGUUUUUUCGGUGUUAUAUUAACGAAAGUAAUGAAACAGUUAUUCCAUUUGACAUUAAUUCUGUUAUUAGUUCAAUUUAAUUACGACAAAAAGGAAAUGUAUUUGAACGAGAUUAAAUCAAAUGAAAAUGAGUUACGAGAAUAUUUUGUUCAAAGUGUUACGGAUACAGGACAAACACGACAAAGUGAAUAUAACGUAGAAAAAUUAUGUCUGAAUUACGUAUUAUGUAGAGAAAUGAUAAACGUUUGUGAUGAAAAUAAUAAAAUUUUGAAAGAAAAGACAAGUUGUGACUUGGGCAUUUAUUUAGCUAGAAUGAUGAUGGAACCAGAACGAAGUGAUUUUGCUGAUAUUGAGACAAUUUUGGAUGAUGUAUCAUUUUUCAGAGAAGAUCGAGUUUGUUAUUACAUAGUUAAACAAUUAAGCGACAAGAAAAUUAAACUAAUUGCUUCUCGAUCGAUCGCUGGGCGUUUAUUAUUAUUACGUAUUGUUAGAAUAUUAAAAUGUGGUCGAACAACAGUGAAAGAAGCAGCAUACAUUCAGCGACUCAUGUCACUUAUAACAAGCGUAGUGCCCAACGUUGAAUCCGCUGAAUCUGAUUGUGUUGAGGUUGAAUUACUUACGUACAAUACAGGUACAUGUCCACCGUUAGACUGGUUUGGUAAAAUAACAGUUGGAGGAACUGGACAUACACUUCUAAUUGUUGGUGGAUAUGUAUAUAGUUUUGAGGGUGCACGUGGCUGGACAGUUGGCUGCAUAAAACAACAAUAUCUUGACAAUAAUGCGUUUCGUUACGGCAUAGGUCAAGUGCUGAAAAUAUCAACAUCAGACGCAAAACAAAUUCAGCAAACAUUAGCUUCUGAAUGUAAUCAUGGUUUAUACGGGAUACAAGGUGAUUGUACAUAUAAUACGUGUAAAAUACUGCAGCCAUACAUAAAACCAAUACAACCAACAUGGUCGCCGCAGAAACUUUUUCACAAUUUAGCAGCGAAUGACUUGGUUUUAGAAACAAGACACUAUAGAACAAUGCCACAUUGUCAUCAACUUAUAACGCAAUGCGGUCCAUUGCUGUAUGUACCGCAUGCUGUAAUAUAA